UGCCCAGGAUGUACCCUAGAUGUACCCUAUCCUCAUGCCCUGUGCUGCGUGGGAUAUGCUGCAGGCCCCAGGUGGAUUGACCAAUACAUCAGAGACAUUUCAGUAAUAAUAAAUGUGAACUUGAAGUCCUUCAAAAAACUGGCUGCAUCAUGACUGCAAAGUAUCCCAGCAUGUAUGGGGUUAAUCCCAAACUCAUCCGUCUGCUCCUCCUCUGUACGUCCCUCCCCUCCCCUCUGCUGCUAGUCUUUUCUUUCGUCUGCCCUCCCCCUCUUUGUUAAAGUAUGAAAGGGGUGUCUCUCUCACUACCAUUUGUACUCCAAGGGGCACAGAGCCUCAGAGCAGAAGCUGCCACAGAGAGCUUGUGACUGAAAGGACAGGAAGAGGAAAGUAACUAAACACAAGGAAUCAAAAACCAAUCAGAGAAUCAUCUACAUCCCCCAAGAAGACAAUUACAGCAUGGAGGUCCCCAGCAUCCGUGGACACAUGGGAACUGAGAAGUACCAGAUGCUGGAGCUCAACAAGCGUUUGGAGACAUACCUGGGCAGGGUGAAGUUCCUUGAGGAGGAGAACAAGCUGCUACAUGGGGAAGUUGAGGCUCUGAGGCAGAGUAAGAACCAGCGGGCCUGGAAAGGACAGCUGGAGGCCGAGCUGAGGAAGACCAGGGAGGAAGUGGAGGCAGCAUUGAGGGAGAAGGACAGGGUGGAGCUCGAGGUAAGCAAUCUUAAUGAGGAGCUGCAGAUGCUUGAGCUGCAGAGGAAGAAGGUGGCAGUUGCCCGGACUGAGACCAAGAAGACAGUAGAUGAAAGUAAGAAACAGCUGGAGGAAGAACAUAGAGCCCAGAUCUGGCUACGGGAAAAGCUGGUUCAACUGGAGAAAGAGCUGCAAUUCCACAUGGAGGUCCACCAAGAGGAUGUCUCACUCCUGCAAACCAAGCUAAUCCACACCCAGUACGUCCCUCCUCAUGCUUAUGUUCAACCACAGCUACUUGGCCUUGAGGACAUAAAGCAAGAGUUCUCCCAGAGGGCUUCCCGGGCAUGGCAGGAGGCAGCGGGAUCAUUCCAGAACCAGGUUCAGCGUCUGGAAGACUCUCUGACCCAGGCCAAGUCUCGCAUGGCCCAGGUGAGCCAGGAGAAGAAGGAGAGCUACUUGAUGGCCCAGUGCCUAGCCAAGGAGCUGGAAGCAGCCCAGGCCAGGAAGGAGCUCCUGGAGAAGAACGUUUCUCAACAGAACGACAGGCAGCUCAAAGAGCUCCAGCACCUAGAGGCGUACCUGGAGACCCUGGGAAGGGAGAAAGUGGAGCUUAGUGACCAGACUGCGGCGAUUCUGAAGGACAGACACAACCUGCUGCAGAUGAAGAUGUCGCUGGGGCUGGAAGUGGCCACAUACAGAGCUCUACUAGACAGUGAGAAUUUGAGGCCAAAUGUGUCUCCCAAAAUCUACUACCAGAGCACCGGCACUUUCCGUGAAGUGCCAAAGCAUCAGACUAUUAAGCGUAGCCUUACCCCCAGCAUGUCAGUAAAGCCUGCGAGGGGGUCUGAGGUGACGACACCAACAAUGGCCCCAGCAAGCCUUCAGGCCCCAAAAGUCACCCCUAAAGAAAAAUCCAUCAGAUCUGAAAUGACAAAUAAUGAGCACGAUGGAUGGUGUGCGGAGUCACCCGGCUCUCCAGGUUGGUCGACACAUUACUCAAAAGCAGAUGUGAUUGACAGCAGUUUAAGUGGAGAUGUAGGAGCAGUUGAGGCUGAUGAGGGGGAGGACCAUGCCUAUGCUCUCUCUGAGCAAAUGGCACAAGAAUUAAGAGCCACUGUAAUUAGUCUAGACACAUCUGUCACCGAGACGUCUGCCAUCAGGGAAACGCACAUUAAGGAAACGGAGGAGGAAUGUCAUUUACAGAUUGCUGGGCUAGAAAAAAAUCUGACGAAGCAGCCGCCCCUUGAAGAAGAAGAGUUAGACCAGGAUUCAAAAAACACAUUAAAAGGUUUGACAGUGACAUCACAAUUCACUGCUGACAUCGAAGGGCUCCUUAGCGCUGAACAAACACUUGACGUUUCUGAAAAAGAAAAUCCAGAUGCUUUGAAGGCUGAUCAACUGGAAGACAACUUUAGUGACAGACCUGUGGAAGAGAUCUCAGAAAUGACUGAAAAGCAUCUUCCAGUUGAAGCUGUACGUGAACCAUUGUUGGUGUGGGGUGAAAGACAUGUAGGGUUAAAGGAGGUUAAUCGAAUGGAAAGCAUGACAUCAGGAUCUAAGUCAGAACCAGAAUCAGAAAGAGAAUUAGAACUGGAAACCAUCCCAAAUGAGACAGAGUCCAUUGGCUAUGAGGCUUUAGCACGUAAUAAGUCCAACUCUGCUGAGUUCAUGCUGGAUGAGAAAACUACAGAAGAAUCACAGUCAUCUACGACAGAAGUAAAGGUUAUGCAGUUUUCGGAAGAGAUUUCUUUGGACCAUAGGCAGACAACAAUAACAUCUGAUGAAGAAAGUAAGGACAAUGUGGGGAGCAUGGCAGACCAGCAAGUGGAUGAACUGACUCUGGAAGAAUGUAUGAAUGGUGAACCAAAGGGAUACGUAUGCAAAUUAAAGGAAGAGAAUACAGAAGAUGUAGCAGAACAGAUGUGUGAUAAUGAUGAGACUGACAAGGAAAAAAUAGAUGAAGUGAUGGAGUUAGGAGAAGAAAAUCAGAGUUUCAACACCAGCACUUUGAUUUCAGAGUGCCCACGAGUAGAGAAAACAAAUGAACAGCAAGUGCAUAUAUUCGCCAAUGAGGAGCAACAAGAAUUAUCUGACAAUGAUGACUUUUCGAAUGCCACCAAUUCUUGGAGGACAGGGGGAGACCUUGACAGCACUGAUAGCUAUGUUUUGGAGAACACACUUGCCGACACCCGCCCCUUGAUCCGAUACAGGAGUGAUGAGACUGACGUGAACACACAGGCAUCACACUUAGGAGAGACUGACUCCAGCGGAGAUGAAGAGCAAGAGGCAGGGGCAGGAAUUUUUGAAAAGGAAAAAAGGUACAGCCUCGGUUCUAGAGGUGACCGGAUGAUAGAGGAUCUCAUUGAAGAGCCAGAAUGGGAGGAGAUACAAAAGAGCGAGAAUGCAGGAUGCUUUAACAAUAGAGAGACUGAUGCAAGUCAAGCAGAGGAAGAUGAUGGUCUCAGAAUUGAUAAAAUCGAAGAGAAAGACAUACAUUUUGAAGGUGAUGUUGGAUGUUUGGAAUCUGAUGGAAAAUCUGUACUGGAGAUAGACAGGAAAGCACUGUUAAGUGAAGAGAAUACAGAGCUAGGUCAAGCAGAACAGGACAGUGCUCUUGGAAAUAAGGCAUAUGACCAGACAAACCUGAAUGAGGACAUGGGUGAUCACGUUGAUGGAAUCGUAAGUACAGGUUCAACUGACACCAAAGCAGAUUUAGAGAAAAAUUGUGAUGAUAAAGCCACACCCCUAAGUAAUAUGGAGAUAGACAGCAAUGUUCUACAGCAAGAAGCAGAUUCAAUUGAUAUCAAAGCAAAUUUAGAGAAAGAAAAUGAAGAUGAAAUCAUAACUCAAAUUAACAUAGAGGAGGACAGCAAUUUUCUGCUACAAGAAGCAGAUUCAGUUGAUAUCAAAGCAGAUUUAGGGAAAGACCAUGAAGAUGACCCCACAACCCAAAUUAAUUUGGAGAUGGACAACAAUUUUCUGCAGCAAGAAGCAGAUUCAGUUGAUAUCAAAGCAGAUUUAGAGAAAGACAGUGAAGAUGACCCCACAACCCAAAUUAAUUUGGAGGUGGACAACAAUUUUCUGCAGCAAGAAGCAGAUUCAGUUGAUAUCAAAGCAGAUUUAGAGAAAGACAGUGAAGAUGACCCCACAACCCAAAUUAAUUUGGAGGUGGACAACAAUUUUCUGCAGCAAGAAGCAGAUUCAGUUGAUAUCAAAGCAGAUUUAGAGAAAGACAAUGAAGAUGACCCCACAACCCAAAUUAAUUUAGAGAUAGACAACAAUUUUCUGCAGCAAGAAGCAGAUUCAGUUGAUAUCAAAGCAGAUUUAGAGAAAGACAGUGAAGAUGACCCCACAACCCAAAUUAAUUUUCUGCAGCAAGAAGCAGAUUCAGUUGAUAUCAAAGCAGAUUUAGAGAAAGAUAAUGAAGAUGAAAUCACACCUCAAAUUAACAUGGAGGAGGACAGCAAUUUUCUGCCGCAGCAAGGUACUAUAGAAUGUGACCGUGAAACAAACCUUGUCAAUCCUGCUAAUAUCAACAGUGAAGAAAGCUCAGGGAAUUUAUCAGACAAUGAGGAAGGUAUCAGAAAAGAAUCAUUUGUUGAGAACUUCACAAUAUUAUCAUAUGGACAAUCACCUUCCAUUGAAAAUGAAAACACAAGUGAGAUAUUACAUUCUCAAAAUGUGACAUCCGAUGAAGAGUCAGAAAAUGUACUGAAAAGUGAGGAAACAGAAAAGCCUCCUGAGAAGAAAGAGGAGGAUGGUGAGAACUCAUCCAUGCUAACAAAUGUGGAUUUCACCGAUGAUCUCUCAUUGCACAGUGAGAUCACAAGCAUCGCAGAAGUUCUAGAACAUACUGCCAUAUCUGACUUAGAGGAUUCAUACAGUUCUGAAGAUGACUCACCCAAUGCCAGUCAGUCAUUAAAAUCUAUCAAUCAGGAGGAAAUCUCUGAAAAUCACAGAAGAGAGAAAGAGAGGGAAACGAUGGCGUGUUCUGUGAAUGAUUCUGGAUUAAUAGGAGAGACAGAGAAGCAUUUUCCAAAAUUAUCCAGCACCUCUUUAAAAAAUGCCUGGGGCAGCAGUGAUCAUUUCCGAGAUGAGGAGUGGGGGAUUAUUGGCACAGAUUUAAAGGCACCAGACCAGUUUAUCCAAAGUGAUGAAAACAUAAAAGAAUACUUUUCAUACACUGAGCAAAAAUACGAAGAUAGAGAGUCAAAAGCUUCGGAACAGCAAAAUGGAGACCAUCAUAAUAGUAAAAGAAAGGAAGAUGACAUCUUCACUGCAGAAGUUGAGGGGCUGCCCCCAAUACUUGAAAAAUGCACAGAGUUGUUUAGCACCACUCUGAAGGAAGAGUUUUGGAAGUCUAAUGGAAAGAUGGGAGCCUCAUUUGAUCCACAGGAGUGUGGGAAUUUGGAAUGUGUCAACACGCGCCCUAAUCCGAACGCGGAAAAUAUAGAGAACAUGCCAGAAACAAAACAGUGCACAGAAUUAAGACUAAAGGGGACUCAAUCACACGGUCUACCAGAGCAAGAGCAAAUCCCUGCUCACAUCAAGCAACUACUUUAUAAAAACAUGGAAGAAGACAAGAAACAUUCUGAAGAAUCUCUGGAAGAGGAAGACUCCUGGUCAGGGGGAGAAGAUUAGGAAGUGCUGGGAGAAAAGUGGAGAUGUUCUGCUGAAAUUACUUUCUAAGUAGCUCUGAAAUUAAAGUUCCUAAGAAUGAUCAGUACUUUUGAGGGGAGUAGAACGCAUCCUAUUCUAUAAAUAAAACCGAAUAAAUAACGGCACAUAACAGUGCAAAUAAAACAGAUUAAAUUGCGGCAGAUAUACAGAACUGAACAACAGUGUCUUACAUUUUCAAAGAAGAGCUCGUAACAUCAAAUAAUACAUCAUGUAUGUAUUUCAGAGGUUGUUCUUGAAAGUAUGACAUUUUAUAUGAAGACAUGAAACAAACAUCCUUCACAGAGAGGGUGGCUGUAUUUCAUAAAGUUUGUGUACUGCAUGACAAGGUUUGAUGCAUGACUUUUAGAGAGGACUGUUUAUCUGAGAGUUAACAAAACAUUUAGGGAAAAAGGUAGCAUGACAAUUUAUUUUUUGAUUUUAAAUAGUAAAGUUUUCUUUAAAAAUGUUUUUAAAAGCCUAAAUUUAAACAUCCUUUAAACAACACCAACAGUGCCUAUACUACUACUAUAUUACUACUAUAUUACUACAACUAACUGACAUUUCUAGACCGUCCUUAAGCAGCUAUUUUUUAAAUUGGAGCUUUGAUGAUUUUAGUAGGUUUUACAGAGUGUGUAUCCAAAACAAAAAUACCAAAAGAGUAAGAAUAUUUAUUUCUGAGUAUUUAUCAGAACUACAUCCUCAUUCUGUAUUUAUUUUUUGAAGUUGCAGGGCAGCUAAGUCCUACCUUUUAAUACUGUCACAGUAAGUAGGCUACUACUAAGCAUCUUUAUUCAUGAUUGUGCAAUUUUACAUUUCACCUAUUCCAAUACAUAUAAAUAAACCAGUUCAAGCACUACAUACCAAAUUUCUCUAAUACUUUCUAUGUUGACACUCUUACCCACAAUGCAGUAUAAAUUCUGAAUUAUGAAUGAUAAUAUAUGGUACUGCAGGUAUUCAGAAGGUUAGAUAUGUUGGUGAUGACCACUUGCCUUUGCUUCAGAGCCAGACAGUUUAAAUUAAAUCGUUGUAUUCUCAUUUGUCUUUGUUAUUGGAAAACCAGUUCAUUUCUGUUUCUAGGAUACAGCACUACAGAAUGUUCUUGUAGACAAAAGUUACUUUGGGAUACUUUCAUUUAAAACUGUUAAUACCCUGGCUGACAGCUAUGUUCCUCCGAGGGAAAUAAAUGUCUAGCUUCAUUCUGUUCUACAAGGUAGCAUUGGGUAGGGGGGGAAUGUCUUGUGGAAUACACAGUUGCAAGUCAUACCUGGGUAGUUUUGAUGGCCAUCUUGUUUUGACAUAAUGUGCUAACAUUGUGCAAGAGAAAAUAAAGUAAUUGGCAAAGAGUCUA